AUGGUUAGCAUACCAUCGGCCAAUAUGAACGGAGGUCUCAAGGCGGCCAACAAUAAUGGCACCGUCGUUGGCGUCGCCGGCACUGUGCUGACAAAUGCGCAGCGCGUUUAUUUAACGCCCGCCUCAAGUUAUCAUCUCGCCGCGCGCCAAUCUUCUGUGGUGGGCGGCGCUGCAGCGACGGGUGUGGGCAUGGGCGUGGGUGUAAUGGCCACUGCCAUUUUUAGCAAACUGCAGCAGGUGCAGCAGCUGAACGCCAGUGUUGGGCAACGCAAGCUGCUCAAUGGAGAUACCAUGGUGUUGGUCAAUGGCAGCAGCAAGCCGCUGAUCUUUGCCACGCCAGCCAACAAAGCAACAACAGCAACAAUCAUAAACACAACAGCAACAGCAACAACAACAGUUCCUAAUGGCAACAGGGUGUUAAUCAACAACCAACAGCAAACACAAAAACAACAACUAAACAAAGAGCAGGGUGAGCAGGACGACCAGGAGGAGGAGCAACAGCAGCAACAGCAGCAGCAGCAUCACGAAGUCCUGCUGCCCAUAGUCAAGGGCACGGAUCAGGAUGCGGAACCCGAGCUGGACAUUGUGAUCAACAAUGUGGUCUGCUCGUUCAGCGUGCGCUGCCAUCUCAAGCUGCGCGAAAUUGCGCUCAAUGGCUCCAAUGUGGAGUACAGGCGCGAGAAUGGCAUGGUCACGAUGAAGCUGCGUCGUCCUUAUACGACGGCAUCGAUUUGGUCAUCGGGCAGGAUCACGUGUACGGGUGCCACCUCCGAGUUGCAGGCGAAGAUCGCCGCCCGUCGCUAUGCGCGCUGUUUGGGCAAGUUGGGAUUUCCGACGCACUUCCAGCAUUUUCGCAUCGUCAAUGUGCUGGGCACGUGCAGCAUGCCCUGGGCAAUCAAAAUAGUUAAUUUCUCGGAGCGACAUCGCGACAAUGCCAGCUAUGAGCCCGAGCUGCAUCCGGGCGUCACGUACAAGAUGCGCGAGCCAAAGGCCACGCUCAAAAUCUUCUCCACGGGCAGCAUAACGGUAACAGCGCCCACCGUUAAUGACGUGGAAUCCGCCAUACAACACAUUUAUCCUUUGGUGCAUGAGUUCCGGAAGCAACGUUCCGCCGAGGAGCUGCAGCAUCUUCGACAGAAGCAGCGCAACCAGACCGGCGAGGAGUCCAAUGAGGACUCUUUGUUGGUUAACAACAGCGCCGGCCAAACAACAAACGCCAAUCGCCCGCUCGGCGCUGGCGCUGGCGCUGGCUCCAACAUUCUGACCAGUGCGCCCAUCAAUACAAUGCGCCGCCUGGAACAGGCCACACAGUACAAUGAAAUGCUCGAGCAGACGCAAGCGAAUCGCCGUCACAUACCCUUCACCGGUGAUCACAACCAGCACACCAAAGGCAACAACAACACUACCACUGCAAACAACAUCAGCAGCAGCAGCAACUGCAACAGCAGCAGCAGCAACAACAACAACAACAGUAGCAGCAGCAACAACACUAUCAACACCGGCGACAACAUUUGUGCCAAUGCUCGACGCCGCGCCACCGAAUGCUGGGCAACCAAGCUGCAAAAUAAACGUCCGCGCUACAAUGAUCCGGGCGUCACGGCGGGGACAACAAAUGUUGGUGGCGGCAUAACGGUGGCACGCACCACCAGCACCAGCACCACCAAUCCCCCCGCCACCGCCGCCGCUGGCAUCUUCAGCGGCAAUAAUGGUGCUGCUGCUGCUGCUGCUGUUGUUGUUAACAAGCCGAAUACACAAACAAACAGCAAGCCGCUGAUUCCUGUCGAUGUCGUACUCAAGAAUAGCAGCUCGCGAGCGCGCAACGCGGCUGCCGUGGUGGCAAGCAGCAACAGCAACAUGACAAUGGCAACAACAAUAAUAGCAACAACAACAACAACACGACAACAAAUAAUUGCCGAUGAUGUGUGUGGCACGCGAACGCACACAUUUUCGCCAACCGAUUUCGAAGUGGACGAUCUAAUCGAGGAGGAUGACGACGACGACAUGAGCAUCCAAUUUUGAAAGCAUUCGAUUUGAUUCGACUCGAUUUGAUUCGAUCUGA